AUGUUACCACUAUACUCAGCGUCUUGGUUAUUUAAUAGUGAAAACCGCAGGUUGCUAUGUCAUCUCUGUGAAAAGUUAUUAGCAAAACACUCACGACCACCAUAUUUUGGAACAGAUAGUAGUUCAAAAAUAUUAGCACAACGUGAUGCUAGUCAUGAGCCAAAAGAAGGUUAUAUAAUAUUUUUUAAUUUAUUCGAUUUAAAUGUAAAUAAUAACUGUCAUAAUGCAUGUGAUGAUUCAGAUAUCGGUGAACGUAAACGUAAAGAACGAUAUUUAAAUAAUGAAAUUAUUAACCCUAGUACUACCAUUUCAAUAAAUGAUGAAAGUUUAAAAGCAGUUUAUAUACCAAAUAUUAAUUUUUUUAAACGUUAUAAUAAUUUAAGAGGCAUGACUGUUAUGAUUGGUGGUAAAGAAGAAAGAGAAUCAUUAAGAUUAGAAUAUGAUGUUGAUUGUUUUGAAUUACCACGUUUUAAAAAAUAUCCUUUUAAACAUGCAAAAUCAAAAGAAAUUGUAUGA